AUGCCCAAGUAUAGGCCGGCAUUUGUCAUCUUUGCCGCAGAACGCCACAGGACCUUCGCCACAGUCGCGGUGUUUGUGCCUUGCGUUGUGGCCGGGCCAGCUCUUUAUGGUGUCUGUCAGGCUGGGUGCGCGGCAGUCGUCAUGGCGUGUUAUUCAGCAGCUGGCGCAACCUGGGGAGCGACGGCAGGCAUCACCGCUCCGGCAUCGGUGCUGGCCUGCAAUGCGGCUUUCGGCAAGUGCUCGCUCGCUUGCUACAUUGCCGCUGGAGCACCCACUCCAUAG